AGCCAUUUUGAUUUUGACGAAUAUUGACAUACGUCUUGUCGUCUAGACAGAAACUCAUUUGUUACGGAAAGAGUGACAUGUAAACACUAGAAAUUUUAUUAAAAAAUCAUUUCGGGUCACAUGGUGCGUUCGUUGUGCGUGUGUUUAGCGUGAAUCCGACGGAAUCUCGGCAGAUAACGCGGGUGCCGUGUAAUUUUCGCCUCUUUCGGCGUUAAUUCGUGCGUUUCGAGGAAAAGAUUGGCUGGUUAACCUUGCCGGGUUCGGUUCUCCCGAGUUUUUCCGUUCGUGCGAUAUGCGAGAAAAAUCGCGGAAAUAUGACGGGGAUUUAUGAAAAUAUGUGAAUGAGAAAAUCAUGGAGUGCGGCGUCCAGAGCGCAAUGCUGAGUGUACCGCCCGAAACGGGCGUACAGCAGCCGUUGCCCGCCGUCUAUUCGCCCACCGACGCCGAUCAAGCACAAUUCGAGGCCGACAAAAGGGCCGUAUACAAACAUCCGCUGUUCCCUUUGCUGGCCCUUUUGUUCGAAAGAUGCGAACUGGCCACCCAGUCGCCGGAUCCCCAAUCGAGCGAGGCCUUCAAUUUGGACAUACAGGCCUUCGUGCAGCACCAGGAGCGCGACAGGAAGCCCUUUUUGGCCAACGAACCCGAAAUAGAUGGACUGAUGAUAAAAGCAAUACAAGUGUUACGGAUACAUUUAUUAGAAUUAGAAAAAGUGCAGGAAUUAUGUAAGGACUUCUGUAAUAGGUACAUCACUUGUUUGAAAGGGAAAAUGCAAUCGGAAAAUUUACUUAGAUCCGACUAUCCGCAAGACGUUUUAGGUAAUAGUUUGAUGAACAACAUGGAGAACAACAACAACAACAACAUGUUGUCGCACGGGAAUUCGGAGAGCGGUUCGGCGUCGAAUAGUCCCGUACAAUACUCCAUUAGUCCACCUCAACAAGUGCUCCCGACGCCCGCCAUGCUCGACCGCCCCGUCGACGCCGCCGCCACCGCCGCCUACGUCAUACCCUUCGGCGCCGGCGGCGCCCCGACGCCUCCUCUGGCGGCCGUCCAACCGCCGGCGCCGCCCGAGAACCUCAUCGUGCACGGCUCGACGCCGCUCGGCCAGAUCGGCGCCAACAUAGCCGCCGGGGCGACGACGCCCGGCGACGUGGGCGGCGUCGGGCCGCUGUCGCCGGCGCCGACGACGCCCGGCGGCUCCGCCGACGACUGUGAUAGCGAUUUCAACACGAGAGGCGGCAGGAAACAGAAGCGCGGCGUGUUGCCCAAACACGCCACCAGCGUGAUGAGGUCGUGGCUGUUCCAGCACCUUGUGCACCCCUACCCCACGGAGGACGAGAAACGCCACAUAGCCGCCCAGACCAACCUGACCUUGCUCCAGGUGAACAAUUGGUUCAUAAACGCGCGCCGGCGCAUCCUCCAGCCCAUGCUCGACGCCACGACGCCGCCGGACGCCAACAGCGCCGCCGGCUCGCCCGGCCACAAGAAGAAGAAUAAGAGCCACAACAACAACAGGCGCUUCUGGCCGCAGGACUUCGCCAACAUGCCCGCCCAAUUGGACACCAGUAUAUUGUCGAGCAGCGAGGACGAGGGGGAUUCGUACAGCAGCGACGGGGACGAGGGGAGCUUGGUGAUCGACGCGCCUGCGCAGAGCGGCGGCGGCGGCGGCGACGUCGGGAGGCAGAACGGCCAUCAGGCGGAGGUGUUGGGAUACCACGAUAGCCCCGAAGAAGAAGGCCACUGAGGGGAUUUCGCGUUCCAUAGCGAUAAGCUUCUAGGCCGGACGUCUUCGGUCAUCUGACUCGUUUGGAUUCAUUUUGCACAGGUAAAUUUCUCGAGAGUCAAUUCGUAGAUCAUUCGAAUUGAAUGCAAACGAUCUACGCGUGUGUUUUUUUAAUAUAUUAUAAAAAAAGGCUGAUUUAGAUCGUACGAUGUUGUUCUGUUGCGUUGAGAUUGUUUGUUUCUUUUGUUGUUUAUAUCGAAAAAAAAACCGAAACCAGUAUACGUAAUAUAUACCUCAGAAAAGUACGCGAUUUAGCCGGAUUUUCAUGUAUACGCAAAAUUACAAGCUCAUUUCAGUAUUAAUAUUAACGAAGAACCGUAAUUUAUCGAUUAAUGUAAGUGUUUCUAUUUCUAAAAAAAAAAUCUGUUGAAUGUUGAUUUUUUUCGAACGGGCAGUAAGAUUUUGGUAAAUUCGCGCUGUACCAUCGAGUACAAUUAAAAAGUAUACUAUUUGGAACUUAUAUACGUAAUUAUAUACAAUAAAUAGCGUAAGAGAAACCAGAAGAGACGUUUCCAUCCAAACAAAAAAAAUUUAAUAUAUUUAAGAGUUUGUUAUUGUAGAUCUGUAAUUUUUCGACUAUUCCCCUUCGAUUUAUUGUCGUAGCCGCGCCGGCCGAGGCGGUAUCGCCAUUGAAACGCUCAAAUAUAUUUACCAAAGUUUAUUUUAUGGGAAAUAAUCGACGCCAAAUAUCGAUGUACCAAGUUUUAUCGGGCGCACCGAAACUCCCCGCCGAAUGUGGGACUUUAAGAUGCGUAUGAUGAUACGUUAAUGUCAAAAUUUCGUUUGAUAGAGGAGGAUAUAAAUUUUUUUGGUGUAGAGGUGAAGUAACAAUUGUUACAAAAUAACCGUGGUUUUUCAUAUAUUUCAUUCUUCUGAUUCUACUCUAUUCCUACUCUAAUGUAUGUUAAAUGAGUUUUUUUUGUAAAUAAAUGCGACUUUAAUAUGCGUUCGAUGAUAUAUGAACAAAAACUCAACAUUGACAUUAAUGACGUUUCGUAUGACAAAAAAUGAAUAGAGAUGGAAAUGAAUUUUUUCGUGUAAAGGUGCAGUAACCACUGUUACAAAAUAAGUGUUAUUUUUCCAAAUGUUCUCCUGAUUACCAAAUUCUACUCUAUACGCUAUUCUAUUUUACUCAAUUCUACUCUUCUCUAUGAUAAAUUACUAAACUCUUUUGCAUUGUUCGCGAAUAAGUGUGAAUUUAACAAACAAAAUUGACAUUAAUGACGUUUCGUAUGCCAGAAGUUUAAUAGAGGUGGGAGUCGAUUAUUCGGUAUAGAGGUGCAGUAACGACCGUUACGAAAUAACUGUUAUUUUUCGGCGUGGAAUUCCGGUGCACCGGUUUUAUCUGUUCAUACCUCAGCCUGAUUUUCGUCCGAUAUCGCGCCGGCCGUCGAUUUUCUUCUCUAAUGUAUACGUAAACCUUUUAAAGAAACCGAUGUAUAUAUACAAUGUUUUUUAGUUAUCGUCGAAUUGCUGUAGUGCGUUUUCAAUUUUUUUGAUUGAAAUGUGUAGAGGUGCGAUCCGAAAGAUGCCGCGCGCGAAUAAUCGAGUAGUACUAGACGCGGACGUCGGGGCAUUUUUCGGAUUAAUCAAGUCGAAAAAACGCUUGGGAAUAUUACAAACGCUUUUAUUUUGAUAAAUCCGAUCGGAUUCCAUGAAAUUCUAUGUGAUAUAUCGGAGCGUUCGUCGGGCAACUGGCGUUUUUUCGACGCGAAUAUGUUACAAUUUAAGUUGCUAUGUCGGUCUGUGAUAAAUUUAACGAUUGCUCGAAAAGUCAUUACAAAAUAAAAGAAGCAGUAGAAAGUAAAAAAAAAUUAACGCUCGCAAGUACCGUCGACGAGACGGUACUCGCGAGUCGAGGCUUGAAUUUCGAAACUAUAUAUGUAUUUUAAGCAUAUUGGUGCUUCUUAUGACUAUAUGUAUACGCUGAAUACUCAGUUAAUUAGACGUUAAGGAUUUACCGUUUAAGAUAUGACAAUUGUAGUAUUAACGAAAAAAAAAGAAAAUUAGGUUUUUUGCCUUUGUAAUUGAUACUUUGCGUCGCAAUCGGAGAUCGGGUGGUUUCUUCAAAAGUGCCAUCUUAAUUUUUAAGAGUGAAAUAACGUCGCAAAUUCGUUGCAGAUUAAUUUAUUGGCUCAUUUUUAGGAACAAUGGAGAGUACUUUUUUUAUUUUUUUUUUUUUUCAUAAAACUACAUCUUAUGAAAUCAUUAGUGAAAUUUUUAAUAAAAUUUAACAACCUUACAAACAUAACGUUAAUAAUUACAUAUUGAAACGUAAUUAAUUCCUUAAUUAUUCAACAGAAAUUACCUUAAAUUGUGCGACAAUUUCAUUUAUUUAUCAUACAUUCCUCGAAACGCCUGGACUUCCGAAUGCGAUCGAUAAAUUUCCGAAAAACCCGAUCCCGUUUCCGUCGAAAUCGUUUAGUUUCCAUCGUUCGCGUAUUAUUUUUUUAUCGGAAUGUUGUGUUUUUGCUGUGAUUCUUUUUUAUAUAGUAGUAUAAUUAAUAAUAAUAUAGCGGAAGCGGGACCUCGAUUUUUCGAUUCGAAAUGCGGAUAUUUUUUAUUAAAUCGCAAUAUUUGUUAGUAAGCUAAGUGUAUUUUGAUUGUAUCGAUUAAAUCAGAAACUUGAUAGAUCUCUCUUCGGCCCUUAAUUUAUAAGUAUAAACUAAAACAACCCUCAUUAUGAGUAAAAUUAACAAAAUUUACUUACAUACUAACAUAAAUACUGUUACUGGUAUUAUAAUAAUCUUAUAAUUAACUUUUAAAGUCUAUGUAUGUAUACGGGGUGUUCCAAAAUGACAUUCUAGUAUUUAAGGAGGCGACUUCUUACACACCCCCAUUAAAUAUUAGCAUGUCAUUUUGGAACACCCUGUAUAGAGAGUAAUCUGAGGAAUGUUCUUAUUCGAAAAAAAUCCACCAAAAUUCUACCAAUCCAAUUCUUCCGGUAAACCACCCGGAUAAUCGCCGGUCAAACAAGCCGUACAAUGUCCAGGUUUAACGGCCGGUUUGAUUUCUUUAUGUACCGCCUUAACCAAACCGUUCACGCUCAAAUAUUCGAUACUAUCGGCAUCUAAAACAACAUCAACCAUCAAACAACCAUUUUACGAGCAAUCCAAAGUACUAACCGACUAUCUUUGCAAACUCUCGAGUAUCCUUCAAUUUGUUCAUGAUCAAUUCGCUCCUCGUCGGUAUAUUGAUUCCCAUGAAACAGGGAUACUUCAACGGCGGACUGGCCACUCGUAUGUGAAUUUCCUUGGCCCCCGCCCGCCUCAGCAGCUUUAUAAUGGGCCCCACGGUGUUACCGCGCACGAUCGAAUCGUCUAUCAGUAUUAUCCUUUUGCCCGACACGUUCCUCAAUAUAG